GGGACCCGGGACCCAGCAGCGGGGGGGUCCCGUCCUCCAGGCAAGUGCCGCGGGGCGGAGCCGCCGCCGACCCCUCUCCGCGCCCGGGUUUCCUGCCCGAGGCCGGGCAGCGGCACCUGGCCCCGCGGCCAGCACCAUGGGCGAGCGCCACACGGACGGCUUCUCCUGCAGCGCACCUGAAUCGCUCCAGUCACUGCAAUGAAUGGCCAGACUAUCCCAGCAAGCACUCCCGGGCGUUCCCAGGGCUGGAAUGAGUUCUGCGAGCUGCACGCGAUCACCACGGCCAAGGAGCUUGCCAAGAAGUACCUGCUGUUUGCCACCGAGAACCCCCACCAUGACCUCCUGGCAGCCGAGAACUUCUCGGUGCAGUUCACAGACCUCUUUCAGCAGUACUUCUGCAACGAGGUGAAGGAAGGCUUCGCCAUGAACCAGUUCAGGGUCCUGCCCUUCAGCAGGGUGCGGGACUAUAGGGAGACCAGCAAGAGGCACGCGGAUGCCUCUUCGGGGCCGGUCGCGGCGAAGGUGGAGGCGGAGCUGACUGCCCACUCUGAGGCCGACAGAGCUGCUGACACUAACCCGCGGGGCCUGCCCAAGUCGUGGAGUUCUGAGGAGCUGAUGGGGGCAGCCUCCCCUCUGGCCGCCAGGAGACACUUCUCCCUCACCCAGCUGCGGAGAAGCUGGCGCAAGUUCUUGCGCCGGAGAUCCUCCGAGGCCAUCCCAGGCGAGGGGGAGGUGCCAGAGCCUGCUCUCAAGCCUGGGCUGGCCAAAAAGAUCCUGCCGUGGACCCUGUCCCGAGAUCAGGCUCACGAGGUGUGCAAGGAGGGUCUCUUAAAAUACGGCAUGGUAGAUGAAACCACCAUGGACAGUGGGACACGCUGGCAGCGGUGCCGAUUGGUUCUACGGAAGGCGGGGACGUCAGACAAUGAAGAAUAUGUCUUGGAGCUGUUUGAUCCCCCCAAGUGCUCCAAACCCAAGCUGCUCACGACCUCCUCCGCUGUCCAAGAGAUCCGGAGAUGCACCCGCCUCGAGAUGCCAGACAACCUGAACACCUUUGUACUCAAGGUGAAUAACUGCACAGACGUUGUAUUCGAGGCUGGGGACGAGCAGCAGCUGAGUUCCUGGACAGCCGAAAUCAAAGAAUGUAUGACCCGAGGGUCCGGGGGAGCCGAUGUAGAGCUGCUCUCAGGCCAGCACUCUGACACCGUGGCAUCCAGCCCCGCCACUGGCAGCACCGACUCCCUUACCCAAGGUGCUAUGCACUGUGGGCAGCCGGAGCCAUCCUGCCAGAAAACCGACCAGUUCCUCUCGUCCUACCCCUGGUUCCAUGGCCCCAUUUCGCGCGUCAAAGCCGCCCAGCUCGUGCAGCUGCGGGGGCUGGAUGGCCACGGGGUUUUCCUUGUUCGACAGAGCGAAACCCGCAGGGGCGAAUACGUCCUCACCUUCAAUUUCCAAGGAAGAGCGAAGCACCUGCGGCUCUCGCUGACCGACCGGGGGCAGUGCCGGGUGCAGCACCUGCGCUUCCCCUCCAUCCUGGACAUGCUGCACCACUUCCAGCGGUGCCCCAUCCCCCUGGAGUGCGGCGCGGCCUGUGACGUCAAGCUCUCCAGCUACGUGGUGGUCAUCCCGUCGUCCCAAGGUUUGGGCUCAAGCAACACCAUCUUGCUUCCGUUCUCCAUCCCUAAUUGGAGCUCCGAACUCAACUUUACCCCCCUCAGUCCCUCCAGCUGCCCCCGGCUACACAUGACAGACAACAUUCACCACAGUUCUCAGCCAGAACAGAUCUUCCACCUGGUGCCCUCUCCAGAAGAACUGGCCAACAGCCUCCGAGACACCGACGUGGCCGGCACGCACUCCAGCCGGCAGCGGGACUCUGACUACGAGCUGGAUUCCCCUGGCAGGGGCCACAUUCGGGCUAUUGACAAUCAAUACACACCACUCUGACAAGAUGGGGGGGGAGGGGUGCAAACCACGCACUUUGGCUUGGAGCCCUGGUAGAGAACUUCUGCUAGAGAUUUUGGGAAGCCUAUGAAAAGAAUGUAAUUUGGGAUUUAUUUUUUUGGUAAGGGAGGGGGUAAGAUAUAUAAAUUGUUCACUCCAAUAUGGGUGUGAUCCCUCUAUUAGGCCUGUUAAAGGGCCCAUUUUUACCUAUUAAAGCUUUCUUAUGACUGUU